UCACCUUUUUUUUAUUUUUGUAUUUCUUGGGAUUUACACAAAACCAAGUAUAGUGUUAAAACUGAAUAAAAAGUUGUAGGAAUCCGAGGACCAUAAUUUGAGGGAGUAUUUGGUAUUUUAGUCCAAAUUAAAUAGAGCAUAAAAGAGCCAUGUGUGACUACUGAUCAGUAGCAAACACGUCAGUGAUCAAUGAUUCGAGGGCUCAUCUUCUCUUUAUAAUAAUAAGAUUCAGAGAUAGUUGCAGGUUCAUACUUCAUAUUCAAAGGAGGCAAUUAACUAAACAUGGUGUCAAGAGAGCACAAGAAAGCCACACUGCAUGAGAAGCUGCAACUUCUUCGUUCUAUCACAAACUCUCAUGCAAAGAACGAUUCAUCGAUCAUACUAGAUGCAUCCAAGUACAUCGAAGAGCUCAAACACAAAGUACAAAUACUAAAUCAAGAUAUAGCAAGCGGACAAAGCUCAAGCUACCAGAAUUCAUGGCCCCUGGUAACAGUUGAAUCUGUAGAAAAAGGUAUACGAGUAAAUCUUUACUCAGAAAGAAGCUGUCCAGGUCUACUGGUCUUUGUUUUGAAAGUUUUUGAAGAACUGAGUCUUAAUGUAUUGGAAGCUAGGGUUUCUUGUACAGGCAGUUUUCACCUAGAAGCACUUGGAGAUGAGAUUGACGAAAACGGUGAAAGCAUAGACGCCCAGAUGGUGAAACAUGCAAUCUCAAAUGCCAUUGAAAACUGGACCCAAAACAACCACCAUCAAGGCUGAUAAAUCAUGCAUCUGUCUCCUUAAGGUUGCGAUUACAAGUAGUAUCUGAAAUCUCAAGAAUGUCAAGUGCGUUAUUCGUGUUAAGGAUUUCAAGCAUUCGGUUCUCACAAAAUUUUUGUAAGAAUGGGAUUUCAUAUUUGUCAGCUGCUAUUGAUAGUGAAUAGAGAUGUUUUUCGAGCUUUUCUUUGGCCAAAUCACCACUAUAAAGGAAUUCCAGUAAAGAUUCGAUUUCUUCA